AAUAGUUAACUGAACUGGCAGGAUUGUGCGUACCUCAACAAAGCCACUGCAGUGAGAGAGGGAAAACACUGAAUGGGAGGAGAUGAACAGCCUGUCAGAGAAGGGCUAUGCUUUCUAGCUAGUGCAGUCCAGGCUGCUGCAAUGACAGUCUGAAGGUUGCAGCAGCAGCAGCAACAGCAGCAGCUUCUGACAUCUGCAUUCAAAUCGAACUCCAGCCUUCCAUUGUAAGGAAAACCACUAUUCUGCAGAAAAGGGCUUGCUUGUCGGGGAUCCUUGAGACAUGGCCAAUAAUAACCAGGCCAGCUUACAGGAUGCCCAAAGCAGGCAUUGCAAGUUUUUAUCAUAUAUGUUCUACCAGGCUGUCCGAGACCACAAGCCUGUAUGGAUGCUGGAAGACAUGAGGACUAUGGAAUAUUUUUACUGGGAGGAAAAUGACACCCAGAGGACAUACUCACCAUCGGAAGCUCUACUCUAUGCAGUGGUGCAUAACCACUUGCCUUAUGCCCAAUAUCUGCUGUCUCAUUUUCCAGAGGAGGCACUCAAAGUCCCCGGAGAACAUUUCUGCUACUGCCCAUCCUCUGCCCCUCACUUAGCCAUGGCUGUAACUUAUGACAGGAAAGACAUUUUGGGGUUGAUCAUCAGCAUCGCACACAAGCUGCCCAGCUUGAACUCCUACAUCAACAGGACCGGCUGCUUUCACCUGGAAGAUGGAAAGACUCCCCUACAUCUUGCUUGUGAGCUUCUGAGGUCAGAGACUGUCCUCAUCCUCCUAGGGAAUGGGGCCUCCCCCAGGAUAGAAGACAGCAAAGGGCUCACCCCCCUGGAUGUCAUCCUCGAGCAGAUGUGGGACUCUAAAGUCAAUGUGGCAUCCAAAAAGCGUUGUCUUGAUUACCUUUUGCUGUUCAUGCCCAGCCCCCGGUUCAAGAUGCAAAAGGUCCUGCAGGAGCAUCCAGAACACUGGACCGUUUUGCUAGGGGAGGACAAGUUCAACAGCCUGGUGGGGAAGACACCUGCAUCCUUAUACCUUCAAGCUAUGCAAACCAUACUCCAGACUCUCCCGCCUUCCCAUUUCCCUAAAAGCAUCCAGGAACUACCUAUACCUCAGGCAUUAAAGCCCUUGCCUUGUCUGGGUAGACAGCAUCCAAGGGAAAAAUGGUGUGCUACAGUCCUAGUCCAUCGCUUAGGCCACUAUACCACACCAGCUGUCAAUGACGUUUGAAACUACUGUACAUAUUCAGAGCACUGCCUCCAAGAAGGCUAAGAAACAGAUGCCUUGGUCCAAUUACCAGUCCCAAUUAGAGUAAACCCAUUUGAUCAGUCAGUGAACUGUAAACCCCACUGAUCUAAUGUUACCACUCUAGCUGAAAGUAGCAGUUGGGUAAAGGCUAGAGUAGUGAUUCCCAAACUUUGGUCUUCCAAGCGUUUUGGACUUCAACUCCCAAAAGCCCCAGCCAUCUUGGUCAACAGUCACGAAUUCUGGGAGCUAAAGUCCAAAACAUCUAGUGGGUUAAAGUUUGGAAAUCACUGGGCUAGAGGUUCCAGUCCCUUUGAGCACAAUCAACUGAAUUCUGUGUUUGAAUGCUGAAUGUUUAAAAAAAAUCAGUUUCAAAAAUAAAAAUACAUGUUUUGCUUGACCAAAUAAAUAAUUAAUAAAACCAGAAAAACUGCUAAUUGGGAAGGAGUUGUGUAUUUGUUUCAGCUAUUCACAUUCUCCCUUAGUACUUAAGUUUCCAUUGGGACAGUUUGAUGUUUACUGAUAAGCCAAUCACUGAAUGUAGCUUUCUUAUAUGGUGAAGCCAUAUUUUGUAAUUUAAGAUUCUUUCCAUCUCUCUUCCUUCCCUUAUAUUACAAAAAGAAAAAGAAAAAAGGACCAUGUCACUGUACUUUACUCUCUGCAUGUUAAAAGAUGAAGAUCGUAAUAUGUAC